AUGGACACUCUCGUCGAAAGCGUCAACGCAACAGCCAAAAUCCCCCUUCAUCCGUUCUGGCCAUUGAACGCAGCCCUUCCUCAAUAUGCCGCCAACACACUAUCCUCCCGCGCCCUCGUAGCAUCCUUCGUUGUCGGCGCAAGUGCCAUUCUCGGAGUGACUCUGUCGCUGAUCCAACAAUCUCGUCGAAAGUUAUCAAAGACAGAGAUGUUCAUGACACUAUGUGGUGCUAAUAGACCAGGUUACUACGUCGUCAACUUCCUCGACAUCUCCAAUCGACAAUUCCUCUUCGCCCAGCUCUGGAAAGAAUACUCCCUCUCAGACUCGCGCUACCUCACCCAAGAUUCCUUCCUCGUCCCCAUGGAAGCCAUAACCGCCUUCCUCUGGGGUCCCAUGUCGUUCUUUUGCGCGUGGAGUAUCGUCAAGCAACAUCCUCUGCGACACCCGAUCCAGCUUAUCAUUAGCGUCGGACAACUCUACGGCGAUGUGCUGUACUUUGGUACUUGCUACUUCAACGAGAUUGUUCAUAGCGUUGUGUACUGUCGCCCGGAGCAGUUUUACUUUUACAUGUAUUAUGUUUUCUGUAAUGCGAUCUGGAUUGUUAUUCCGACUGUUUGUGUGGUUCACAGUGUUGUCCAGACGAAGAGGGCUUUUGCGAAGGUUCAGGAGGUUGAGAGGGUGAAGAAGGGGAUGUAA